CAUAUAAUUCAGUUUGAAUCUGUCCUAGCGAAUACAACGCUGUAACUUAUUCUCGAUAGUAAUUUUUCGACGUGGUUUUAGAAAUGUGGGCUUCUUUUCUUACUAUUCAGGAAGUAAACAGUUUAGAAAGUGAUCACUUUAUAAAAAUAUUCGGAAAUGUUGUGGAACAUUGUUUGGCAACCGGAAUCGGUAUUCUAAAACACCGGCCCUUCGCUUCUGUGGAAGAUAUCGUCAAAGCUGUAGAAGAAUAUCUGAGUGGACUCAAAUUACAAGAUAAGGAGAAAGUCCUUCAACUAUACCCAGACAGUGUCAGUAAAUUGGCCAGCUUCAGUAAUUCAAUGCUAGAGUUCAAUACCCAUCAAAAAAUCGUAAACAACACGCUGUCCAGUCUGAGAUUUGAAGAGAAGAAACGUUUGAAGCAACUGUGCAGGCGUUAUAAAGAAAAGAAUGAAUUUCCAUUUAUAUUCUGUUCAAAAGAAGAGGAUAUUGAAAAAAUUUGCAUCGAAAUAGAACUGAGGAUGAAAAAUAACAAGGAAAAGGAAAUUGAAGUUGCUAUGGCCGAAGUUAAGAAAAUUUCUAGACAAAGAAUCUACGAAAUUGUUAAAUAACUAUCUGAACAUUGAGAUUAUCCACCUUUAAGAUGAUGACAGCAGUUUUGCUAAGUGAGCAGCAUUUAUGAAAGGCUUAUUUAUUGCAUUGUUUAGUUUAUAUAUCAUAAUUUUCAUUUUAUAUAUUCAUUUAAUGAAGAAAGAAAUGAAACAUCAUGUGAUCAUAACAUCUCCCUUAACGAUAGAUACCUGAUGCCUGUAUUUUAUGUUCCUGAUUAUAACUAAGACUGUUUUUUAUACCUAGAUAUAGUAAUAUUAUUAAAGUUGUGAUGAAAGC